GCCCACCAGCUGGAGUAGAAUUUCAUCUGGUGUACCCGCUGUGCACGUUACCGAGUCUCCCAUCUAUAAAUAGAGUUUUUCAGCGCCAAAAUCAACGCCUUAAACCCUAAACCAAGCCAUUGAAGGCAGCAGCCGUCUGCAACAAUGUCGAAGCGAGGACGUGGUGGGUCUGCGGGAAAUAAGUUCCGCAUGUCAUUGGGUCUUCCAGUGGCAGCCACUGUUAACUGUGCUGACAAUACUGGGGCUAAAAAUCUGUACAUCAUCUCCGUCAAGGGCAUCAAGGGCAGGCUUAACAGGCUUCCAUCAGCUUGUGUGGGCGACAUGGUGAUGGCCACUGUGAAGAAAGGUAAACCAGAUCUCCGGAAGAAGGUGAUGCCUGCUGUGAUCGUUCGCCAGAGGAAGCCUUUUAGGCGAAAGGAUGGUGUUUACAUGUAUUUUGAAGAUAAUGCUGGUGUUAUAGUGAACCCAAAGGGUGAAAUGAAAGGAUCUGCAAUCACUGGCCCCAUUGGAAAGGAGUGUGCUGAUCUGUGGCCCCGUAUCGCUAGCGCAGCCAAUGCCAUCGUAUGAAAAAGGGUUCCUUGUUUGCAGUGUGCUGCCAAUUUUCGAAUACUAUCGGCGGCUACUGCAUUAAUGAAAGCAGUUUCAUGCACUUAUUAAGCUUGACUUGUGGAUUUGUUUUAGUAGAAUAGCAGUUGCUUUUUAUUUUAUUUUUCAUC